UGCGGCACCCUUUUUCGUUAAUUCCCCCUCUCGAUCCAUUUUGUGCUUCUAGGGUUUGGAUAUUUCUCAUUAGUUUAGCAUUUUUCUGAUUAAAAUUGUUGGUUUUCGGCGAUAUGAAGCUCACCGUCAAAACUCUCAAAGGCAGCCACUUCCAAAUUAGCGUCCAUGCCACCGAUACCAUAAUGGCUGUUAAGAAAUCCAUUGAAGAUGUGCAAGGCAAAGAUAAUUAUCCAUGUGGUCAGCAGUUGUUGAUAUAUAAUGGGAAAGUGUUAAAAGAUGGAAGUACCUUAGCUGAUAACAAGGUCUCCGAAGAUGGCUUUCUUGUUGUCAUGCUAAGCAAGAGCAAAAGUUUGAGCUCAAGUGCGUCAACAUCUUCUCAGCCUGCAUCUACUGCUGCACCAGCUAGUAAAAUAGCUGCAGAGACUAGUAAUCCAGCUUCACCGGCUAGUAUUCCUGCUCCUGUGGCUGAAGCUCGAGCAUCCAUACCGAGCCCUAAGAGCACCGGACCAGCUUCUGUUGCUCCAUUAGCGAAUGAUCAAUCUGGAUCAUAUGACGAAGCUGCUUCCAGUUUAGUUGCUCCCAAUAAUCUUGACCAGACUAUUCAACAACUGAUUGAUAUGGGUGGUGGUAGUUGGGACAAAGAGACAGUAAGGCGUGCUCUUCGAGCUGCAUACAAUAAUGCAGAACGAGCCGUUGACUACUUGUAUUCGGGAAUCCCCGAGACCGCAGAAGUGGAUGUACCAUUGGCCCAACCUCUUGUCGAUUCCAUGGUUGGAACUGGUUCACCAGCUUUAGGAGGACCGAACUCAUCCCCUUUGAAUUUGUUUCCUCAGGAGACUAUUUCUGGUGCCGGAUCCCUCGGUUUCCUCAGGAACAACCAACAGUUUCAAGCCCUGCGUUCGCUGGUUCAAGCUAAUCCACAAAUUCUGCAGCCCAUGCUUCAGGAGCUUGGAAAGCAAAAUCCUUCACUCCUGAGACUCAUACAAGAAAACCAUCAGGAGUUCCUCCAAUUAAUUAAUGAACCUGUUGAUGGUUCUGAAGGGGAUAUAUUUGAUCAGGCUGAGCAGGACAUGCCCCAUGCCGUCAGUGUCACACCUGCAGAACAGGAGGCAAUUGAAAGAAUGGAAGCAAUGGGAUUUGAUAGAGCUCUUGUGAUCGAGGCAUUUUUAGCUUGUGAUCGCAAUGAAGAGCUAGCACUGAACUACUUGCUGGAAAACGCUGGAGAUUUUGAAGAUUGAAGACGCUUACAGUUGGCUGAGUAUGUUACUAUCUUUGAGAAAGGAAAACCAAAAGAAAUGACGUCACGUGUUGUUCAAAACAGGCAGUGCUCCGAUGGUAGCCGUAUAAAGAUCAUUGGCGAUGCACUCUUUUAUCGUGAUCAACAAAUUCUACACACAUUUUAUUAUUGUCUAAUUAGUUUAUGCAUCAUUAUGAGAGUCGAAUAUGUUUGUAACAAUGAAGGGCUGAAGACAUCAAUGUGUAGUAAAUUAGUAGCAAUCAUUUUUCUAUGAAAUUAGGAUUGCUGAUCA